GUUUUCAAUAUAUAUAUAUAUAUAUAUAUAUAUAUAUAUAUAUAAAAUUCAUCAGAGGCAUUUGACUUAACUGUAUAAGUUCAUCCUCAAAAAGAGAGGGAGGGGCUAAGUCCAGAGAUAAGAAAGAAAACAUAUAGCUAAUGGCGGAGAUUGGACUCAUUGGAGGGGCUGCUUUGGGAGCAGUUUUUGGUGAAUUACUGAAACUUGUUAUGGAUGUCGCAGACAAAACCAAGGCGUUCAAGUCCGAACUCAACGGACUUAGAGCAACACUGAAUGCACUGGAUGAAAUUGUAGAUGAUAUUGUGAAGUUGGACGGAGAAUUGAACGUUGUGGAGGAGAAACUAACCGAUCUCUUGAGAGGGGGCAAAGAGUUGGUCCUCAAGUGCUCCAAAAUUGAGGGUUCGAAGAACAUCAUGAUGAGGCCUCGCCACUCGAACGAGCUCAUCAAAUUUACAGAUUCGCUUCUGAAAUUCUUUCAGAUCAAUGGGCAAGCUCUGCUACUUAGGGAAAUCAAGAAGAAUCGGGUGCAGAUGAAUCAAAUAAUGGCAAAAUUGAAUGAACUCAACGGACUUGAAUCUACAGAUGAAACUGAAGUCAAAUUGGACUCUGAUGGCUGCGAAAUGACAGUGAUCAACUCCAUGAAAAAAGGCUGGGAAACGGUUAGUGGCAAUAUUGAUCCAAACCAGGAACGCUUGUCAGGACUUCUCUUAAUUAACAUCCUCAGUGGCAAAAAUCUUGCCGUCAGAGACAAAUAUUUUAAGAAAAGUAGCGAUCCUUAUGUUAAAGUCCAAAUGGGCGAACAGAAAGCAGUGACAAAGGUGGUGAAAAAGAAUGUCAAUCCUGAGUGGAAUGAAGCUUUAACUUUUCCCAUCACAGACACAAGUCUUCCAAUAAAGCUAAAAGUGUAUGAUAAGGAUACCGUCACCCGUGAUGACAAGAUGGGAGACGCAGAUAUUAACAUUGGACCAUUCCUAAAAGCAGUGAAGAUGCAGUCGGAGAACCACCAGAGUAGAACCACAAUAACCGAAGUAAAACCAAGCCGGGACAACUGCUUAGACGAAGAGAGCUGCAUUUUCGGGUGCGAUGGUAAGGUUGUCCAGUAUAUGCUUCUUAAAUUGCAGAACGUUGAGUGUGGUUUGGUUGAUCUCCAGUUACAUUGGAUAGAUCCUCUGCGUAUAUAAAUUAUUUGAAAAA